AGGACCGCUGCAUGAACGACAUGCACUGGCAGGGCUGGGGCGAGGACUUCUUCAUGUCGCACUGCAUGGACUACCUGGGGGUCGGGCGCGUGGAGGACUUCUGGAUGCUGGCGGACAACCGGUGCAACGGAGCCCCCUGCGAUGACACCUCGAAGGUGUCCUUCCACGACUUCAAGGACGAGGGCACCUGGUUCUGGUGCUGGGAGACGUCGAUCGGCGAGGAGGGCGUCAAGGAGUACAAGAAGAAGGUGGAGGACCGGAAUGCGGAGAACGAGAAGCUGCGUGCCCGAGGCGGGACGGUGAAGCCCAGGAGGUUGAAGG